GUGAUGCCCAGGAAGAAAGACUGUAAGCAAUAAGUUUACCGAACUGCUCUCUCACAAUGGCGGAGAGGUCACAUGGUUCCGGCAACUCCCAAGGAGGCCAAGAAAAGAGCAGGAGAGAGAUCCUGAGGUCCACCAAGAGGGUGUGGGCUCCCCUAGAUGAGCAGCUGCCUCCUGGCUCUGAGGAGGAAAGCCAGAGUGUCACCAUCCCCACACUGGAAGAUUCCAAACAAGCAAGUAUUCAGCAGUGGCUGGACUCUGGAUUCUUGGUCUCUGUAAAUGAAAACUUUCAGCAAGUCAUCGACCACACUGUUUCUUUACAUGAACAAGAAAUGGUGCACAUGGCCGUGAAGGACUACAUGAGAUCUCUGCAUCCGUUUUCAGAAACUCCCACCCUUUCCAGAGGGACCAGUUUCAACUCUUGCCAUUCUGCUGCAAGUCUCCCACAAAGCAUUCCUGAAUGGCUGGAAUUUUGGGAAGAAGAUCCGGUGGAGAUUCUCUUGGAUCUGGGGUUUGGUGCAGAUGAGCCCGACACCUGCACACAAGUCCCAGCCAGAUUCCUGGGUUGUAGUUCAGCCGCCAGAGGAAUCAACAUCCGGGUCUUCCUUGAAGCUCAAAAGCAGCGAAUGAACAUUGAGAACCCUGACUUGUACAGUCGUUUCCAACAGCUGGAGAUCCUGGACCAUGUAGCCGAUGCCUUCUCAUCUUUGCUGAAUAAUGUUAACAUCCUGCAGAACAAAGAUGAAGAGGAAGACAGAGGGGAAAAUGUGCAAAGAACCUCAGUGAGUGAAGCCAAUGGACAUCAGAAGAGAAUGGGUAAACUUUUCAAGAGAACUUCAAAGCAGAGCAUUAAGAGAGAUUAUAGCCCAGAAGCACCAGAGUCACUGAAGAUGAGGGGCAAAUUUUCCAUCACCUCUGCAAAAUCAGGAGGGUGUGGAGCAGAGUUACCAGUUGUGACAAACAACCAUGACCAAAGCCAUUUGUUUCCUUUGGCAGAACACUUGUCUCUCCAAGCCUGCAAUGAUUUGGUGCCCUGUCAUGCUCCCCAAGCUCUUGUGAGCAAACAAUGGCCUCGCUCAUCCCCAUUGGCUAAGAGGGCUCCUCUUUCCUGUACAUCUGAGGGCUCAGUCAAGGACAGAACUGAAAAGGUACACUCCAUUCAAACUAACAAGCUCAAGAGCUUGUCUCAUCUUGCAAGAGAAGCACUGGACUCCUUUGAAUUGGAAGAGGUCCAGAGCUUUGAGGAAGAGACUGGUAAUCCUCCUGACUUGACAUCAGGAAUUACAGAUGCCACAGUGAACAGAGAAAACAGCUUCCAGUCCGACAGCAGCGGAUUCCUGGAUGACCCCCUGGAACCAUUCUCCUUGCAGAUGCCUUCCUUGCCAAGCAGCCAGAGUCCUAUUGAGAAUGGAUGUAGAGAGCCAAGGGAUCAGAGCCAGUGCUUAGUGCCACCCCAGGACUGCCAGCAAGAUUCAGAUGAAUCUGAUUCCAAGAGUAUGGUGAACAGAGCCUUUUCAAAUCAAGACUGGAGUGUCAUGGAAGAAAAGGCCUCAACAUCUACAGUGGAGGAAGAGUCUCUGUUUGAGGAUAUGGAGAAGCCUCCAGAGCCAUUGACCCCAUAUACAGCCCUUGACAGGACCACCAGAGGGGGAGAACACCCAAGGAAAGACAGCCAUCCAAGGCAGGACUUGCCCAGGCCCCAAACUGGAACUGAGGCCCUGGUGCGUCCAGCUAGCUCCAGGUGGGACUGUCCUCUGGGGUUUAGGCUGCCCCACAGCACAGAAGCGAAGGAUGGGUUUCUGAAUCUUGAGGUAGCUGAGGAAACAUCCGUGCAAAGCCACCACUGCAAGUCCCAAAGACCACGGGGAGCUGAUUCUGCUCACAACAAGCCUCUUCAUGUAGACGCUGAGGCAACCUGUCCUGACACCAAUGGUACCUCCGUGACAGGAGAGAGCCCACCACAGCAUGUCCCCAGGCCCAGUAAUGUCACCUCCUAUACAGUUGACCUUAUUCAAAUGUCUGCAAAGUUCAUUCCCCACCUCGACAAACCCACUGGAGAUACUCCCCACGCAAAGACAGUAUGUCGUGCUUUGGGUCAAAUACCACAUCAAGCAGAAUCUGAGAGGGGAAAGCUUCCUCCAAACGCUGACUCAAACGCUGCUGGUUCCAAGUUGGUGACAAUCCAGAUGUCCUCCAACCUGGCAUCGGCUGCUCCGGAUGCUGGGGCUUUGGGGACUGAUUCUAAAGGAACAACUUUAGAAUGCACCGUGGGUGACCUUGCUCCCACAGCAGAACCAGGACUGGAGACAAAAUCAAGACAGUGCCGUGAUGUUUCUGUUCAGGCCGAUAUACGUGAGCUUAGACCCUGGCACUGCUGUUCAGGGCAGAGUAACAAGGCCCGGCGCCUCACCAAAUCUGUCUCUCUGGACACAGGCUUCUCUUAUAUUUGCCCACCAGGCAUCUGCCAUGCUGAACUCACCCACGGCUGUGUCUGCUGCCAUCACCAGCCCCACUGCCAUUCAGAGAGGCAGAGCCCCAGCCCUGUGUCUUCAGCCUAUAGACACUGCCUGUGCUCCCAUCACCAUCUGGAAGCCCAGUUCAUGAAGACUUUGAAUGUCCUUCAGGACACCGCAGUGAAGGAGCUGUGCUCAUGCACAGUCCAGGAGAUGGAAGUGAUGAAGAUGGUGUGCCAGAGUUUCCAGGAGCAUUUGGAGGAAAUUGAACAGCACCUUACAGGACAGCAGGCACUCUUUUGCAGGGACAUGUCAGAGGAGGAAAGGCAGGAGGCCAAACAGCUGCAGACUCUCCGCUGGGCCCUGCAGCAGCAGGUGGAGGAGCUGGCGUUUCAGUUUGGAGAGCGGGCUCAGCAGAUCAAAGACGAGAUUCUAUUGCACUUUGAGCUUCUCACAGAGGAACUCACUGAACACUUUCCAAACCUGAAUGACUGUAAUUGGACAGAAGAAAAGAAUGAGCAGACUUCAUGUGCUAAAGUCCACCCAGCCAUGGCCCCCCGGGUUGCCUUUCCUUCCCGAGAUGGCCAGCAAACUCUCAGCUCAAGGGUGACCCAUUUACCUGCCUUCCCUUCACCCACCUUGGAGAGCAGAACCAGGAUGUCUCCUCCAGCUGGGGCAGAGUCAGGCCCAGCCCCCUUGUCAAAUUGUCCUAUUGGAGAUAAGGGUACAAAUGUCUUCCUCUAGAUCAGAGUGGUUUUGAUGACCUUCCUGCAAAGUGUAAGAGCACAUUCCAGCCAGACAAGGAAAUCUAAAUGGCCCCCCCAGAAGUGUCUGUC